GCCCUCGGGCUGCCCCGGGUUGCCCUGCCCUGCCCUGCCCUUGCCUUGCCUGGCCUGGCCUGGCCUCACUCCCUUCGGCCCCCAUCUCGCUCCUUCGUCGGGUUUUGCUUGCUCGCUUUCCCCUCUUCUCAGGCUUCAAACCUUGCGAUCGACCCUGAUGCACCUUUUUUCCCCUUCCUCCACCUGCUUUCAUUGACAUCGCGCAUUCCUCUGUGCUGCUGCCGAGCGCUUUGCUUCCAUGCUGGCUUGGCUUUGAGAGGGAAAGAGAGAAGAAGGGACGGAAAGCGAGGGAUCCGCAGACGAGCUCGUCGGAGCGCAACCUGGAGGAACUCGAGAGAGGGACAUAGCUUCGAUUGAAAGGGGAGGGAGGGUGUGAAGAACGGGGGGCCGGGAGGGAAAAAGGUUGUGUUGAGCUCAGUGUUCGAGGAGAGGUUAGGUAUGGUGGAUGAACGGAAGAGAGGGAGGAGAGCUGAGUAAACGAAUAGCUCAAGUCAGUGGACGAGUGAGUGAAGAACGCGGAGGCUUGUGACUUCUGGCUAGCUGUGAGCGGGGAAAGUGCGGAGAAAAACUCUGGCCCUCGUUACAAGAGCAUCAGUCUUUGCUGUAUCAUGUGGGAUAGGAUAUGUUACAGAACGAAUCGAUUGUAAAGACGAGAUGCAAAUUAGAUGCUUGAGCACGACUCCAUCAUGUACUUCCCGUUUCGCCAUGAUGCCAAUGUCAAAGAGUCUAUGCUUAACAGCUCGGCGUCAACUUUGCUCGACUCUGGCAGUUCUGCGAGACCCUUUGCCUCUUCUUUUUCAGCACAGUCAGCAUCAUCUCCGGUUUUCCACCACGGAGUACAAGGCCUGCACAAUGCCACAUACAACCUGCAGUCAGUACCAAACGCAAUGUCCAGUAGAAAUCCGGGGUUGGGGGGUGGCCCUUCAAGUGGAGCGCACCAACCGGCAGGAAGCUUACCUUCAGGGCGGUUUGGAUCCAAUAAUCUGCCGGUUGGAUUGUCACAGUUAUCGCAUGGGGCCAUUCAUGGACAUUCUGCAAUGACAAGUCGAGCAGGUAUUAGCGUAGUUGGAAAUCAUGCUUUCAGCAGUAGCAUGAAUGGGGUUGGAGGUUCUGGCCCUGGAGCAGCUCCAGGAGCAGGUUCUGUUAGUAAUCGGGGAGCCAUGGCAGGUCUGGGUGUUUCUCCUUCUCAAAUGGGGGUUGCUGGACCGAGGAUUGCCAGUUCUGCUGGAAACAUUGGAGCUGGAGCAGGUGUUAGUUUGACUGGUGGUGGCAAUCUUAGUAGAAGUUUAAAUUCGGGUGGUGGCCUAAGCGUGACUAGCUUGAAUGGGUCUCGAGUGAAUAUGGGCCCUCUUAGCAAUAGUGGUGGGAUUGGUGUACAAGGGCCUGGACGGCCCGUUAAUUCUAUGCUACCGCAAGGAGUUAACAUAUCUUCAUCAACGUACAGUCCAUCGGGCGACCUUUUGGCUAUGAUCAGCAGAGCACCACAAGCUGUCUCACUGCUUGGGAGCAAUUUUUCAUCAUCUCCAGGGUCCGGCAUUCAAGUACCCUCGGCCAAUGGGCAGCUUGGUACUAUAGGACUAGGGAAUGACGGAGGUACGAAUGAUGGAGUUGCCUUUGACAUGAAUGACUUCCCACAAUUGACCACGCGACAAACUUCUGGUGGAGGGCUGCAAGGUCCUGUAGCUGCCCUAAGAAAGCAAGGUGUUGCUGUCAAUACCAUUGUUCAACAAAAUCAAGAGUUUAGCAUACAGAAUGAAGAUUUUCCAGCGUUGCCUGGCUUCAAAGGUGGGAGCUCUGACAUGCCGACAGAAAUGCAGCACAAAGAUCAGCAACACGAGAACACGCUUUCCGCGAUGCAGGCACAACACUUCCCGACGGGAAGGUCAGCCGGUUUUUCGCUUGGGGGUUCGUAUGUUCCUCAUCGGCAACAGCAGCAGCAACAUCAAGGAACUGGAGUAUCAUCAGGCGUAUCUACAGGAUCCUUGUCUGGAACUAACGCUGCAGACCUCCCUCAUUUACAUGCCGCAGUGAGCGACAAUUUCCCAUCUUCCCAUGGUUUUUCAGCAUCUUAUCAUUCCCAGGCUCAGGCAGUUGGGACGCCAGCAUCUGGAACAGCGCAGUCUUUGCGGUCAGGAGGAUCUUCAGGGGUGGCUGUAAAUAUGGGGUCCUAUGACCAGCUGGUACAUCAAUAUCAGCAACACCAACAGUCUCAGUUCAGCAGAUUAGGGGCGCAUCAACAGCAACUUACGGCAGUUGGCCAGUCGUCUAGAGAUAUUGGGGGAAAAUCUGUACAGGGGAUCCAAGCUACCCCUGAUCGAUUUGGACUGCUAGGUUUGCUGAGUGUAAUAAGGAUGAGUGAUCCUGACCUGACAACGCUUGCCUUGGGAACGGAUCUUACAACCUUAGGACUGAAUCUCAACUCCCGGGAGAACUUGUAUAAAACUUUUGCAUCUCCGUGGGCAGACGGGCCAAUUAGAGGGGAACCGGAAUUCACAUUGCCGCAAUGUUAUAAUCAGGCAGCUCCCAAGCUUCAGUCUGGCUAUUAUGCCAAGUUCCAGCAAGAUACCCUGUUUUAUAUUUUCUACAGCAUGCCAAAUGACGAGGCUCAACUGUAUGCUGCUGAUGAGUUGGUCAAUAGGGGCUGGUUUUACCACAAGGACCAUCACAUGUGGUUUACUCGCGUUCCUAACGUAGAACCUCUUGUUAAGACAAACACAUAUGAGCGUGGUUCCUAUUACUAUUUUGAUCAAAACACCUGGGAAACAGGUCGUAAGGAAAACUUUGUCCUUCACUAUGAAAUGCUGGAAAAGAGACCGCAAUUACCUUCUCAGCAUUAGCCAGCCAAGCACGUUGACUCCACCAGUUCCCAAUCCAAUGUAGAAGUGGCGGCCCCAUGUCCUAUCGAAAAUCUUGUGAAGUGCAAUUGCGUUCAUGAUCAAUGUUCAAUCUCUUUACACCUCAAUGAACUUCGUUGGCAUGCGUUUCCUUUCAUUUCUGAGCAUGCUUAGACUUCACACUUUCUCACUGUCCAGUCAUAUAUUGGAGCUAAUGAAGGUUAAUAGGAACUCUCCCGUCUGAACCUGCCUCCUCCUGUCCCAUAAUCAAGGGAUCAAGGUUAUGGUUCUGGUGGGAAUUGGGGUAGAUGCUCCAGGGAGUGGUAAAUUGAUUCUGAUACUAUAAAAUUGCGCUUUUUGUGGAUCUGCCUCUGAACUCGGAAUUUGGUGUGCAAAACAAGCCUCUUACGACGAUUCUCUGUCGUUCUCGAUAAAUGGGGAAAGUUCAUUUCUGCCUAAGAUGCAGUGUGUUUAGUUGCUCUCAUGUCGAGAUUUGGUUUGGGUUAACUCAUGUGGAUUUAGCACUGCUAUGGUGAAACUCCAUUGUAUAGCCAGAAGAACAUCCAGGCUCACGGCAGUCUUUUUUUCGUUCCUUACUUGCCCAUUCCGUGUGUUGUACAGAAUGGAUGAGGAAGUUUUGUCCGCAGAGUUUGUCUGCCCAUGGUCUAGGUGGGUAAUUGUAUGAAAUACUCUUUCCAUCAAGUGUACAUGAUCCGACAAGAUAUUGGUUGGUUGCUUCUGAAGAAAGUAAUAAAUGUGGCAUCAGCCAUUUGUGUCC